UCUCCACCCGUAGGCAGCCAUGAUGCAGGAAGGACUGGAUGACGGACCCGACUUCCUCUCCGAGGAGGACCGGGGGCAGCGGGCAGUGAACGUGGAUCUGCAGACGGACGCCACUCUGCAGGUGGACAUCUCGGACGCCCUGAGUGAGAGAGACAAGGUCAAGUUCACCGUCCACACCAAGAGCACGCUGCCUAACUUCAAGCAGAACGAGUUCUCUGUGGUCCGACAGCACGAGGAGUUCAUCUGGCUGCACGACUCGUUUGUGGAGAAUGAAGACUACGCAGGAUACAUCAUCCCCCCUGCCCCCCCCAGGCCAGACUUUGAUGCUUCCAGGGAGAAGCUGCAGAAGCUGGGGGAGGGAGAAGGAUCCAUGACCAAGGAGGAGUUCACCAAGAUGAAGCAGGAGCUGGAGGCAGAGUACCUGGCCAUCUUUAAGAAGACGGUGGCCAUGCACGAGGUCUUCCUGUGUCGCGUGGCGGCUCAUCCCGUCCUGAGGAAGGACCUCAACUUCCACGUCUUCCUGGAGUACAACCAGGAUCUGAGUGUUCGAGGGAAGAACAAGAAGGAGAAACUGGAGGAUUUCUUUAAGAACGUGGUGAAAUCAGCUGAUGGCGUCCUGGUGGCCGGAGUCAAGGACGUGGAUGAUUUCUUUGAGCACGAGAAGACGUUUCUGUUAGAAUAUCACAACCGAGUGAAAGACGCUUCGGCCAAAUCCGACCGAAUGAUUCGCUCACACAAAAACGCUGCAGAUGACAUCAACAGAAUCGCUUCGUCUCUCUACACGUUAGGAACACAGGACUCCACCGACCUGUGCAAGUUCUUUUUGAAAGUGUCAGAGCUGUUUGAGAAAACGAGGAAAAUUGAAGCUCGAGUCGCAGCGGAUGAAGACCUGAAGCUCGCAGACCUCCUGAAAUAUUACCUGAGAGAGUCGCAGGCUGCAAAGGACCUGCUGUACCGGAGGAGCCGGGCCCUGGUGGACUACGAGAACGCUAACAAGGCUCUGGAUAAAGCCCGAGCCAAAAACAGAGACGUCCUGCAGACCGAGACCAGCCAGCAGCUCUGCUGCCACAAGUUUGAGAAGAUAUCUGAGUCCGCCAAGCAAGAGCUCGUAGACUUUAAAACGAGACGAGUGGCGGCGUUCAGGAAGAACCUGGUGGAGCUGGCCGAGCUGGAGCUCAAACACGCCAAGGGGAACCUCCAGUUGGUGCAGAGCUGCCUGGGGAUCCUGAAAGGUAACACCUAACUGUACGACCCCGGACACCCAAUCACACCCCCCCAUCGCCCCGCCCCUCCCAUCACAAACCGUGGGGCGGAGCCUGGACGAAGGGACGGACACCGCUGAGAACUCUGGACCAGAGAGAGAGAGAGAGAGAACAAAGGGUUAACUGUGACAGGAAGUAUGUUACCUUCAUCACUAACAACAACUGCCCUCCUCCUCCUCAUCCUCCUCCUCAUCCUCCUCCUCCUCUUCAUCCUCCUCAUCCUCCUCAUUGACUCCUCCCACAGGUCCGGUAUCUGGUCAGUGUGGUUCUCUGUCUCUCCUGAGGGUUCUAAUGUGGCUGCCUAUGAUUGGUCCGUAUCGUUGAUUUGUUAUUGCUGCUGAUCAGCUUCAGUUCACGACUCAGUUUAAUGUCUGAACACAUAAAGUUUAUUGAAUCCAGCGGACCUCUCGUCUCAUGUUGACUAGAACGUAUCUUGUAAUCACCUUUUCAACAUCAGAGCACCAGAGCCACACUGUAGGAAACAAAUCUGAUAUGUUGAGAAUAAGAUUGUAAUAUUAUGAGAAAGUCAUAAUUCAGAAAUAACAGAAUUAAAUAAAUUUUUAGCAAAUAGCCAUGAAGUAAAAACCAUGUUCACGCAGACUGAUCCUCUGAUCAUCGAACGGCACGUGGAUGAUAAUAAUCACUUAAUUACUGUAAAAUUAUAACUUCAUAAUGUUACAGCUUUAUUCUUGUGUUGUUGCAAAGUAAUAGUAAUUUACAACUUUGGUCUUGUAAUAUUAUGACCUUAUCUGUGUAAUUUUGUCUUUCUUUGGCUCUUAUAAUCAACUUUACGUGUCAUUGUCUUUAAUAUUCAAACAUACUUUUUGGGGUUAAGUGUUUAAAGGGGACGUGCGGGGGGGACGGUCUGCGGGGGGGACGUGUGCAACGGGGACAGUCUGCGAGGGGGACGGUCUGCGGGGGGGACGGUCUGAUGUAAACUCACUCAAAAUCUUUGAGUGAUAUUUUAACAUAUGCAGGAUUUUGUCUCCUCUGAUGCAGUGUCCCUCCUCAUCUUCACCUUCAUUCUCAUCUUCACCUUCCCCUUCAUGCGUGAAGUUUGUGUGUGUGUCUCUCUCGCUCACACUAUCUCACUUUCUGUGUGUGUCUGUUGGGGUUGUUUUAUUGUGAAGGUGAACUUCCUGUGCUGCUGUGUUUUGGGUCCAGCCCUCAGUUUCUGUGCUUAUUCAAGUAAAAUAUCCGUAAAUAAAAUAUGAUUAUGUACAUGUUUGUUUUAGUUACUAAUGAACGCUAAUCAUCAUCUUCAUCUUCUUCAUCUUCACUAACUGUAGCUUCUGUUGAUUUUCUCUGAGUCAGAUGUUUUCUUGUCGUUCUGUUGAGGGCGGAGCUUCGGUCAGUUUUGCCUUAACAUCGAUAUGUUUUAAAAAUUGAAAACUGUUUUUGUCCCUGCUUCUUUUUUUAACUGCACUGUACAUGAAUGUUUUUCACUCUUGUGACCAAAGCUUCCAUUUACUGAUUGAAGAUGAAGACGUGAUGAAAUAAAAUGAAAGAAGAACAAAAAGAACAUUUGAGUUGUUUCCUAUCGGAGCAGGUCUGUGAUACACGCUCUCCAACAGACUCAAUAAAGUUUACACACACUUUUA